CUGCAGGAGGGGACUGGAUCACAUUUGGUGUUGACGUGCGUCGGGGAAUUUCCCCCCAGCUUCCAAUUUUUUUUUUUUUUUGCAAUGGAUACCUGCAGGGUGCCAGCCUGGGUGUUCCUGGUCCUGGUGUGGCAGGGCGGCUGUCUGGCAUCGCAGUUUCCGACACAGCUCAUGAUUAAAGAAUGGGUGGAUCAGAUGCAGAAGGAGCUCGUGACCCUGGCAGACACGGCCACAGGCGGGAUGAGCCUCACACAGAUUUUUCUGAGAAACCAGCACCUGUACUCUGUGGAGCAAAACGACGCAGAGGAGCUGGUGGCCAGAGCAGCCAGGAACAUUGAGCAGCUGCUGCGGAAGAGGUCUGCUGCCUUGAAGAAAUUGGCCGCGGCUGCUGAGCAAUUCCAGGUGGAUCAUACGUGGAAAGACGAGUUCGAGGAUGAUGAAAUCUCCUACUACAACUCAAAGGACAAUCUGGAUGCAAAUGAGACGGAGGGAAAAAAAUACCGGCUUCGACCAGACUUUAAAGAGGACGCGUCAUUUAGGCGUUUGACUGAUCACAACCACACGGCUGUCCACAUCCCCACUGACAUCUAUGAUGGAUCCACCAUUGUGCUGAAUGAGCUGAACUGGACGGAGGCCCUGGAGGACGUGUUUAGAAAGAACAGAGAGGAUGACCCAACACUCCUCUGGCAGGUGUUUGGUAGCGCUACAGGCCUGGCUCGCUACUUCCCAGCUUCUCCGUGGAUGGAUGCUCGUAAAACCCCCAGUAAAAUUGACCUGUAUGACGUCCGCAGGAGGCCAUGGUACAUCCAAGGAGCCGCUUCCCCCAAAGAUAUGCUAAUCCUCGUCGAUGCGAGCGGUAGUGUGUCUGGCUUGACUCUCAAACUGAUCAGGACCUCGGUCAGCGAGAUGCUGGAGACCCUGUCUGACGACGACUACGUCAACGUAGUUUAUUUCAACACCAGGGUGAAGAAGACGGCGUGUUUCGAUCACCUGGUUCAGGCCAACGUGAGGAACAAGAAGCUGCUGAAGGACGCCGUGCAGAACAUCACAGCUAAAGGAAUAACCAACUACACCAAAGGCUUCGAGUUUGCUUUUGAGCAGCUGUCUGUGAAAAAUGUGAGCAGAGCAAACUGCAACAAGAUCAUCAUGCUGUUUACUGAUGGAGGAGAGGAGAGAGCUCAGGCCAUACUGGAGAAAUACAAUGCUGACAAAAAGGUGAGGAUCUUCACCUUCUCAGUCGGACAACACAACUAUGACAAAGGACCCAUUCAGUGGAUGGCUUGUUCCAACAAAGGUUACUUCUAUGAGAUUCCGUCCAUCGGAGCCAUCAGAAUAAACACGCAGGAGUACCUGGAUGUCCUGGGGCGACCCAUGGUUCUGGCAGACAAGCAGGCCAAACAGAUCCAGUGGACCAAUGUGUACCUUGAUGCCCUGGAACUGGGUCUGGUCAUCACGGGAACACUCCCUGUCUUCAAUAGAACCAUGACCGUAGAUGAAAGGCAUGGCGAGCACCAGAACCAAUUGAUUCUCGGUGUGAUGGGGAUCGACGUGUCUCUGGAUGACAUCAAGAAACUCACGCCACGCUUCACUAUUGGUCCAAAUGGAUACUACUUUGCCAUUGACCCCAAUGGAUACGUCCUGCUGCACCCCAACCUCCAGCCGAAGAAAAGGAUUGGAAACAGGAAGCUCAGGCUCAAUGAUAAGUAUGCUGUCACUUUUCAUGAGGAACCUGUAACUCUUGACCUUCUGGAUGCCGAGCUUGAAAAUGACAUCAAAGUGGAGAUCAGGAAAAUGAUGAUCGACGGGGAGAUAGGCGAACGCACCAUUGAUACUCUGGUUAAAACUCAGGAUGAGAGAUACAUAGAUAGAGGAAUCCGGACCUACACAUGGGCACCAGUCAAUGGAACAGAUUACAGCCUGGCUCUCGCCCUGCCUAAAUACAGUGAACACUUCAUUCAAGCUAAACUAGGGGAAGACAUGAAAGAAGCUAUGUGGCAAGGAGCUAUGGAGACGAUGCAGCUGGAUAGGUUUGAUGAAUUUGGUCACACCUACAUCGCUCCGAGGGAGUACUGCAAAGAGCUGAAGUUGUCACUCAACAACACCCAGUUUCUCCUCGACUUCAACCAGUUCAUCGAAAGAACCCCUCCAGAAGCAUGUAACGUGUCCCUCGUGAGUCGACUGAUCCUGGACGCAGGUCUGACGGCUGAACUGGUUCAACUUUGGAAUGAGCAGAGUGUGGAUGGGAUUGUCGCCAGGUUUGUAGCCACAGAUGGAGGAAUCACGCGGGUCUACCCACGAAGUGCUGCGGAAGAGUGGAGCGAGAAUCAUGAGACCUACGAGUCCAGUUUCUACAAAAGGACCCUGGACAAUGAAAUUUAUAUUUUCACAGCUCCAGCUUUCAACACGGAGGGAAGAGAGCCUGUUUCUGAGCCAUGUAUUCUCGUGAGCAAAGCAGUGGACCUCACCAUCGACAAAGUCACACUCAAACCAGCAGUGGUCGGAGUGAAACUCAAUAUCUCCUUCUGGAUGAACUCUUUCAUGAAUGCUACUCUGAAACUGAAUUGCAAGGAUGAAAUCUGUGGCUGUCUGAAGAAUGACAAGCAUGUGGACUGUGUGAUCCUGGACGAUGGAGGAUUUCUUCUCAUGUCCAAUCAGGAUGAGUACAUCUCUCUGAUAGGUCAGUUCUUUGGCGAGGUGGACCCGGUGCUGAUGAUCAACCUGGUCAACACGUCCCUUUACUCCUUUAACAAGACCUAUGACUACCAGUCGGUCUGCGACCCAGAGAAGGACAGCAAGGCUGCAGCAGGACCCCGCUCCGUCUAUGUGCCUACCAUUGCAGACCUGCUCAGUGUCGGGUGGUGGGCCUCCACCGCUGCCUGGUCGAUACUCCAGCAGCUCAUCUAUGGGCUGAUUUUCCCCAACCUUCUGGAAGCAGUGGAGUCAGCAGAGGAAGAAAUAUCAGACGCCAUGUUUAAGGAAAGCUGUAUCACGGAGCAGACUCAGUACUUUUUUGACAACGAUGAACGAUCCUACUCAGGUGUCCUGGACUGUGGAAACUGCUCCAGGAUGUAUCGUGGUGAGAAGUUGCCAAACACCAACCUGGUGUUCCUGAUCACUGAUGCCAAGGCGACAUGUUUGUCAUGUGACCCCAGGCCGCUACGACAGGCUGAACAACCUUCCGAAGGUCCAGAUCCAUGCGAGCUGGCUCAGAACCCGAGAUACCGCAAAGGGCCAGAUGCGUGUUUUGACAACAAUGAAAAUGAUGAGCCCUUGUGUCCAAUCAGCAGAGGUUCUGCCUUGAGCUCCGCACCGCCCGUCUUGUUUCUGCUGCUCAGUUCAGGGAGGAUGAUUCUGAGUGCGGAGGAGGGACCUGCCUAAGCCCGUGUCACUGGCCAAUGCUCGGGCUCCAACUGCUGCUUCUGUGGCUCUUCACGUCUUUACGACACUCAUGACCCCUACACACAUGCACACACACACACACAUUAAUCUACGCACACAUUGAUCAAAAUCUCAUGUCACAAGAGGACACUCCAUUCAAGCCAUCCAGGAUAUAUGCAGAAUACUUUCUUUUUUUUCUGACGACCAAUAACAGCAUUUUUCAUUUGACAAUGCCAAAGGGUGCUCAUUCAUUUCCUCAUGAGUUUCAAAAACAGAGACACAUCUACUGUGCUCAGCUGCACUCAUGUCCAUGAUAUAUUCCUUAAUACUCUCCUAUGGUGCAAGAGUAAGAGCUAACCAAACCCUUUAAUUCUGCCUCAUUAGUUUCUCUUGAUUUAUUUGGUGGAGGGUGAAGCGUUGUCCCACUAUGCCAACUAAAUACCAUUCAAAGACUGUAUGUUCACUGACAGCAUUGAUUUGUGUAGUUGUCAGUAUUGUUCGUUGCUUAUUAUAUCUACUGCGUACGAAUCCUUAUGCUGUAAUGAUUGUUUAUUUCGACAAACCCGUGCAAUGACAGUAUGAAGAAUAUCCCUUUUCGUUCGAGUGAUUUUGAAAUGUACUGUACCGAAGUAUUUAUGUAUUUAAUUUUCUUUUGUUUUCCAAAUCAACAAGCAUUUUGUGACUAUAGCUAGGUGUUGUAUUGUAGCAGCAUGUGCUCAGUACAGAGCUAAAGACAACACCGGUACUCUGACACCAAAGCUCCACAAGGACCACAGAUAAACACAAACAUACUACAGAGAAUCUGCAGGCCAGUCUAUUUUAAGGGAUUACUCAGAUGUGGGUGUAUGCCAGUAUUCAAGUCUGAAUGUUAGCUGAAUAGACAGAUAGAUAGAUAGAUAGAUAGAUAGAUCGCCCACGUGAAUUGAAAUCUAUUAGGAAAUCACAAUUUCACGUGUGUUCGUUCUUGGUCUGACAGCUUUGGUUGUCUCCAAUUUGAUGCAUCAGAUUCCCAGUGCCUAAACAGUAACUCAAGAAGUGUUGUUGUUUGAAUGAAGCAACGCACCAGAGAUGUAUUCUUAUCAUGAUAUGCUUCUAUGCUGAUGCUUGCUGCACUAUAGCAGAGUGUAGCUCUUGGAGUUAGACAUGGUGAAAUGGGUCCAAUCUGCUUCAGUUAUUCCAAUGUAUGACAACAGUAGAAACAACCAGUGAUAGUGAUUAUGUAAGAAGAAGGUCAUUUUCUCUCCUCGCUCAAAACAAACCUAAACCAGACCUGAGCUCGCGUUCCCUCACUUCUUCUUUAUUAGUCCUGUUUCUGUUCCCUUUCCGGAUCACCAGACUCAGGAGCCAAGAUGACUUGUGAAUGAGAUCAGCAUAUCAAAACGACUGUUUCUUUCUUCUCCUCUCCUCACUCCCCCCCCCGUAUGCUUGUUUCUUCUUUGUGUUGCUCUAUAAGUGCUGUGAAGCAGAUGCUGAAGUGCUCAGUGUCGAAACGCUGCAAUGUCAUGGGAUGAGCUUGUUCUGUGUUUGAACGCCGUCCAUGCCCCCGUCAGCAUCAGGGCGUGCUGGAGAGAACUUUUAACAAAACACUACUGCCAGUAGUAAUUCUGCAUAUAGCCUUACCUCACCACGAGUCACAAAGAUCACACACAAGUGUUCUACUUUUUUCCGUUUCUUUUUGCAAUUUUACACGUUAAAGUUGAGUUCUCUCCACCUCGCCUCCACGGCGACCUGCUGGCAUGGAGUGGUCAGGUUAUGCCUGUCUAUCAAAGUCGCGUGUUGACUUGUGUUUUACCCCGGGGAUCCCGUGUCUAUGUGCAGGCAUGUGCGUGUCCCUCCGAUAUCUGAUUGUGCUUUAAUACUGUACAUGAAUUACUCUUUUGUGGAACUUGACUAGCCUGAAUUUUGUAUACAUUUGUACACUAAUACUAUUUACUGUAUAAAAGAUAAAAUGGAAAGAAAAGAAAAAUGUUUAUAAUACGGUGUUGAUUAUUGUGCAAAUACAAUAUAUUCACAAUAAAAGUGUUGUAUUGUUA